GUCACAUGGGCUGGCUGACACCCGCCCCAGGCUUCAGGCCAUGGUUUUACUCCCAUAUUAAUGAAAUCAUGCUUAGCAACCUACCUUUAAAGAUAUACCUCUCGUCACUGAUAAAUUAGUACAUGGACAUAACCGUGCCAGUACACCGACAAGGCAGCACGUCCAAGAAGCUGCCCCGGCGCCAUGGCUCGUAGACAAAGUGGACGAAGUGUCCCAAACACGACGACUGUACUGUUUGUCCUCCUGCUGCUGUUGUUCGUGAGGGCGUCCCAUAGCCAGAGUUGUGUGAAGAUAGACUCCUGUAGCUGCAGGAACGAGAAUGGGGUCUUGAACCUGAGGCCUCUCGCUAGCUCUGAUGGAACCGCUCGAUUCAAAGCAACCUCCAGUGAUCUGUUUACCUACAGUUGGAAUCCUUGUACAAGAUUCACUGCAAACAAAGGUCCCACCGGGGGAUGUGAAGACGUCGCUGUGUGUCAGGUAGACAUGUAUACGAACGGUUAUUCACUGGGCAGUCAAGCCACGGCCACGUUCAACAUGACUUCUCAGGGCGCAUUCCAGGUAGUCUACUCCGCCACGGACACCUCGGGAACGACCAGGACCAGUCACGUGCAGCUGAUCUGUGACCCCAGUAAGGAAGGCGAUUUCGUGGCUGAGGGCGAACGCUCCGAUAUGCCCACAAAUUACUUUAUGACGCUGAUGUCGAAGUACGCGUGUUUCCAGGAGGAAGAGCCAGACAGUCUCAGUAUAGGAAGUCUGCUUAUUAUAAUAGUGCUGGUAUUUGCCGUGACAUACCUGGGGGUCGGGGUAGGGUACAGGUAUUUUAUACAGCAGGAGAGAGGGGCGAACGUUAUACCGCAACGGGAGAUGUGGCAAGCCAUACCGGCACUUGUGAAGGACGGAUUUCUUUUCACGAAGAACAAAUUUAAAAAAGGAGAUUACGAUCCAGUUACUUAAACAAGCUGCUUUUUGACCAAGUGCUACUUUUAUUUGUCAAAAUGGUGGAAUUCACGCGGAAUUAGUCUUUGGAUUAUCAAGCUCCCUAACGUCCAAAUUAGCCAAUUAGUUACGAUAGUCACACCAGAAAAGCAUACUGGCUUCCUGCUGUUGCUGGGGAUAAUGGUACGACAGGAUCUAAAUUGGCUGUUUAUU